AAAAAAAGGGAAAGAUUGAGAAAUUGAAGUAAGGAGGGAGGUCAUCUCCUUGGAGUCUCCUCUAAAUAUUCUUACACCAGACGAUUUUUGCUUUGGCCGAACACAGACACACACACACACACACACACGCACAUACUUCUUCCCCCUUCCAUUCUUUCUCUCUCUAAUUCUCUCCCCAAAAUUAUUUUUUAUAAAUAAAUUUUCUCACCCCUCAUCUCAGCUAGUUAGGAAUUCCAUUGCCCUUUUUUUUAAUAACUAUUUUUUUUUAAAAAAAGAGAGUGGAAUAACCAAGGAAAAGGGCAAAGAAAAGAGAGAGAGAUAGAGAGAGGAUGAGCAUAUCCUCUGUUUUUAUUGUGGACAUACAUAUUUAUUCCUCUAUUUAGAUCUUAUUACUUCCUCCCCAAUUCCCCAUCCCAUCUGGGUUAUUCCCCCUCUACAAAUGGUUAGGACUUGCAAAGCAUGAAUCUUUUUCCUUUUGGUUUAAAUCUGUUGGAUUUCUGAUUGUUUUCUUUUUUCCUUGCUGGCCAAGGCCAAAUUUUUAUGUUGGGUUUGGCUGAUCUGCGUGAAUUCUGAUUUUUCCAGUGUUGUCCGAUUGAGUUCUGAUUGAUGCAUGAAGGAUCCGAUGAUCCUGGUUUUUUUGUUCCAACAAUUCCCACGUACUAUCUGAUCGGUGUCUCUGCUGGGUUCUGCCUGAUUUUCUGGAUAAGAAAAGAUGGAAUCAGAUCUCGGUAAGCUGUUCAUUGGUGGGAUUUCUUGGGACACGGAUGAGGAUCGCCUUAAAGAAUAUUUUGGAAGUUUUGGUGAAGUGGUGGAGGCUGUGAUCAUGAGAGAUCGCAACACUGGUCGUGCUAGAGGGUUCGGUUUUGUUGUUUUUGCCGACCCUGCAGUUGCAGAGAGAGUAGUUAUGGAGAAGCACAUGAUUGAUGGACGUACUGUUGAAGCAAAGAAAGCUGUUCCAAGAGAUGAUAAACACAUAAUAAAUAGAAACAGUAGUAGCAUUCAAGGAUCGCCAGGUCCUGGACGAACAAAAAAGAUUUUUGUAGGAGGCUUAGCAUCUACAGUCAAUGAGAGCGAUUUCAAGAAGUAUUUUGAGCAGUUUGGUAAUAUUACAGAUGUCGUAGUGAUGUAUGACCAUAACACCCAAAGGCCACGAGGUUUUGGUUUUAUAACGUAUGACUCAGAGGAUGCAGUGGACAGGGUUUUGCAUAAAACAUUUCACGAACUCAAUGGCAAGAUGGUUGAGGUAAAGCGUGCUGUUCCAAAAGAGCUUUCCCCGGGUCCUAGCCGUAGUCCUCUUGUUGGGUACAACUAUGGCUACAAUAGAGCAAACAAUUUCCUUAGCAGUUAUGCGCAAGGUUAUAAUCUGGGCUCACUAGGAGGAUAUGGUGUCAGAAUGGAUAACCGAUUUAAUCCAAUUACAAGUGGCCGUACAGGGUUCUCCCAAUUUGGUUCUCCUGCUUAUGGAAUGGGUAUGAAUUUGGAGCCAUCAUUGAGUCCUAGCUUUGGAGGGGGAUCGAGCUUCAACAAUAAUCUUGGUUAUGGAAGGGUUUUGAGCCCAUAUUUUGGUGGAAACUCAAGCAGGUACAACACUCCCAUUGGGUACAACACAAACAGCAGCAGAGGAGAUUCAUUUCUGGGUUCGUCUUCUAGGAACUUAUGGGGAAAUGGUGGCCUAAGUAACUCUCCAAAUGCCGCCAGCUCAGGUUCUUACUUGGGCUCUGGAAGUGGUGGUUUUGGAGUCUUUGGAAUUAAUGGUGCAAACUGGGGCUCUUCUGUUUCAGCUCCGGUUGGCGGCAACUCAUCCGGCUAUGUUAGUGGAAAUGCGGGAUUCAGAGGUGGAGAAAGCAGUUAUGGUCUAGGAUCUGGAGGAAUUGGGCGGAAUGCAGGAACAGGGGUAGCUGCGUCGUCAUCAUUUGCUGGUUCAAGUGAUGGUUAUGAGGGGUCCUAUGGAGACUUAUACCGCAGUGGGUCUGUAUAUGGUGAUCCAACUUGGCAAUCUGCAGCUUCUGAGGUAGAAGGUACUGGUUCGUUUGGUUAUGGUCUUGGAAAUUCUGCAGAGGUUGCUCCUAAAGACUCUGAAGGCUAUGUUGGAGGUUAUACUAUUGCGAAUAGGCAGUCCAAUAGAGGUAAUAAUUCACCCACUAUAUGUUGAUGAUUUUAUUAGAUCAUUACCAUUUUAUUUACUCAAGUUUUUUCCUCUAGGUAAGGAUUAAAACUGAUGAUGGCGGUGGAAUAAAAAGUAAUGUUCUUUACAUCGUGGAAGUUAUUCUCUGUCAAUUUUUUCAAUUUUUAUGCAUCAUUUUCUUGGUGAUAGAAUAGAAGCCUUGGUAAACUAAGCUAUUUCCCUUAAUUAUUGUCCCAUCUUUAGUUUAAAGAUUAAACAAAUGAACAUAGACUGGAUGGAUGGAAUAAAUGCCUCGUAUGCGAAUGUACAGUUGUCAAAUUUUGUAUGCAAUGUGCUAUUGAUUGAGAAAAAUAAGGCUGCUUCAAAAAGUUAUGUUUCCAUGUUAGUUGCUUCAUGUUUUAUGUAUCUUUGUAAUGUUCUUUAAGAACUUAAAAUGGUUUAUCUUGGUUGUUUGUGAGUCCAAAUUAAGGGGGAACAAUUAUUAGGUUAGGUGGAGAGACCUUGUAAAUUUUUUUCACUUUUUGAUACGGAACAUGAAUAAACUGUGCUAGAGUUUUGUUGUGAUUGAUCCAUAGCUGAUCAUAUGUAGAGUGGGAUCUAUCCUUAGUUGCUUUCCUGUUAUGUCUAUUUGUAGUUAUUCGUUCCUGAUAUCAAUGAUCUUAAUUUCAAGAAUCUGAUCGUGUUAUUUCCUCCACAUUUUGUCAGGUAUUGCUGCAUAGGAAAUUUCAUUAAUUGAAUGUCCGAGAGUAAUUUUAGGAGAAGAGAUCUAAGUGAAAAAGUUUGGACUAUGGAGUUCCAUACAUGUUCCUCAAAAAGUAUUUCAGUUUCUAAGGACAUUAUUGAUGAUAUAGAGCUAACAAUGGUCAUAUUCAAAGUAUACUAUUCAGUGAGACGCGCAGUUUGAAGGGAUUUUGUGGAGGUUUGAGAUCUGAUUUUCUAAUAUAAUUUAGGGUUCCUUUUGUCGGCAUUUGAUUUGAGAUGUAAAUGAGUGCGGGAUAUACUCAGAAGAAGGUCCAUUCUAGUUAAAGCGUUGUGCAUCUCUUCGACAUUUAUGGUACUGCUGGUACUGCUACAUCUACCUGAAAACAUUAGAGUUUAUUUUUUAUAUUCUUUUACCCUUUUUGUUAUUUCUGGGAUUUUGCAUUCAGCUGUAACGAUGACUGGCGAAAAGAUGCUGGUAUCUGUCCUGGAUAGUUUUUCCCUUCUUUUCUGAGAAACUGUACUUCUCAAGCUGUAUGUGAGGUUCUUGUUUGAUUUUCUAGCGUGAUUAUUAUAGGGAUACCCACUUAGGAUCCCCCUUCAAUAAGUUACUGAAGAUUGUUAUUCAUUUUCUUCUGGAGAUUAAUGUAUUCCCAGCGUUUAAAACUCCAUUUCGGACCCUUUUGAAUAGAUGGUGAGCAUGAAGAAAGACUUAAUUUUCUGGUGUUUA